GACGACGACGUGCUCGUCUACUCCGACAGUCAGAGCGUCAGCGUGGCCACGUACCUCAGCGACACCGUGUCGCAGUGCUCGGCCAAAGCCGUUUCCGUUGGUUCCAGCCAGCUCAAUGCCAUGUACAGUUCGGCUGCCAACAACGGGCUGCUGGUCGUCGCGUGCAUCGCUGCCGUCGCCGUCGUCGCCUCGGUGCUGCUUGCCAAGAAGACGGAUGGCUACGUCUCCAUGGAAGACGGCUACGCCCGCCUCGCCGACGACACGCGCUAUGCCUAAGCCUCCGAACGCUCUCCCACUUUCUUCAUGCGUACCAUGUUGCAUUUCUCAGUAUCCUAGUCCCGCCUAAUGCCGAUCAUACAUGA